UUGCAUCACGUGACCGGAAGCCAGAGUUGAUAGUUCAACGGUAGACGUCGAUACUUUCGUGGUGUGAGAAGUUUAAAACAGUGCUGUCGGCCGUUUUUCCUUCCGAGUACCUGAGAAGAAGCCGUUUUGCUGAUAAUUCCUCAGACUUUAACUCAUUGAACGCGGACUGUUGUGGCCUUAAAGCCGCCAACAUGCUUGCUAACUUUAGUUCCAGGUUGUGCUGUUGGUGGACGCUGGUGCUAUGCAGUUGAAUAACGGCUAACUGUCUCUUCAGUGACGUCCUGAGGGCUUUCUGACAAGACAGCACAAACAAUCCUCACUUGUGUGUCCCAAACACGGACGCGUUGGAGCUGGCUCGAUAAGGACAAGUGUCGUCGUUAGCGACAGCAGAUGCUUCCUCUAUGAGGCGAGCGACCGCCACCAUCAUCCCACCCGAGAAUUACUCCAGCUCCUGCAUCAUCAUCAUCAUUUUCUUCUUUUUCAUCAUCCUGAGCCAUCAGGAUGUUGGAGGGGCUCGUAGCCUGGGUGCUAAACACUUACCUAGGAAAAUAUGUCAGUAAUCUGAACACAGAUCAGCUCUCCAUUGAACUUCUUAAAGGUGCAGUGGAACUGGAAAACCUGCCACUGAGGAAAGAUGCCCUCCGAGAGUUUGACCUGCCAUUUGAAGUCAAAACAGGAUGUAUUGGGAAGAUCACUCUGCAGAUCCCGUUCUACCGGCCUUACAGUGACCCCUGGGUCAUCUCUAUGUCCCAGCUCAACCUCAUCAUCGGCCCCACUCAGCCGCAGGAGUUUGACGCGGAGAAGGAAAAAGAGGAAGCGAGGGAACGCAAAAAGUACCUCCUCAAAACUCUGGAAGAUAAAUUCAAAAGUGAAUGUGAACAGAAAGGAGAAUCAUACUGGUAUUCUGUUGUCACCAGGAUUAUUGAAAAUUUUGAAUUAAAGAUCCAAAAUGUUCAUCUCAGAUUUGAGGAUGACGUUUCCAUCCCAGACAAGGCCUUUUGUUUUGGAGCAUGUAUCAGCAGUGUGUCGGCUCUGAAUCCUUCAAAAGAAUCGAUCCAUAGGCCUUUUAAACAGAAGCAAGUGGAAAUAGAAGACUUCAGUGUCUACUGGGACACACAAUGUGACAUGCUUGGAAAGCUCCCUGCCGACCAGAUCCUGGAAGCAAUGGCUCAGUGCAUGCAGAGUCGGCAGCACCAAUAUAUUUUCGAGCCAGUGCGUGCCUCAGUGCUCCUCAGGAGGAACACCUCCUUGGAGCCACUGAGGACCCGUAACAUCCCCAGGAUCGAGGGCCAGGUCCAGCUGGAGCCCAUGUCCCUUCGUCUCUCACAGGUCCAGUACCAUCAACUAAUGGCUUUCCUGAAAGAAGUAGAGCGUAGAGAGAGGGGGAUGCUCUUUAGAACAUCAAGACCCAAAGUCCCAAUUUCUGGGAACUGCAGAAUAUGGUUCCUGUUUGCCAUUCAGGCAAAUCUCAGUGACAUCAGAGAGCGGCGGAGGAGAACCAGCUGGACGUUUGCCCUGCAGCGUGCCCGGGACGCACUGACCUACACCAAACUUUACUUCAGAAGGCUAGAUGCUGCCUUCCUGAGUCCAGAGGACAAGGCUGAACUUGAACGAAUUGAAGAGGAGCAGACGCUGGAGGAGCUGCAGAUUCUCAGAGAAGUUGUCCAUGACAGGUUUCGAUCCAAGGAAGAGAUGGCAGAUAACGUUCGGGAGCCUAGCAGCAGCCCCCAAGCUGCUUCAUCUGCCACAUCUGUUCCUAAAAGUGGAAGCUACGGAAUGAUUCAGUACCUCCAGUCUUGGUUCCCUGGUUGGGGCGGCUGGUCUGGAAACACGCAGAAUCAGGACACGCCUGAAGAACUCCUGCCAAGUCCAUCAUCCUGGGAUAUUCUAGCAGAGACAGGGAAUUUGUUCGACCCACUGGAGGACUCCCACACUCUGAACACCUUCACUAGACGAGAUUACAUGUUUGCUCGACUGGAGUUCUUUUUGGAGAAGGGCGGAGUCACUCUUUUUCACGAGGAAAGGAGAGCGAACUCGAUGCACGAGAGUGGAGUAAUCCAGCUGGAGUUCUCAGGAGUGAAGGUGAUCGUGGAAUCUCUUCCUCGCUCGGAGUCGUCCUUACUCUCCGUUAAGCUGGGCAGUCUGUUCCUCAGAGACCUGACCACUCAGGGCACCAUGUUCCCCUUCCUGGUGUCGCCCAAAAUGGACAAAGUUGUUGUUGCUGUUAGUCAGUCCAUGAGUCAGCACAGCGCUGCUGCUGAGUGCGAUGCCGAGUUGACUUCUCCAGUGUUCGAGAUGAUAUACGAGCGCAACCCAGUGAGGUCCAAAUUUGAGAGGAGGCUGGAAGUGCACACCAGUCCAUUAAACAUAAUCUACAAUCCACAAGCCAUGAAAAAAGUGACUGAAUUCUUCUAUAAAGGAAGAGUUCACACUUCAGGCUUUGGCUACCAGUCUGAGCUGGAGCUAAGGGUGGCUGAAGCUGCAAGGAGGCAGUAUGACAAGCUGAAGAAGCAAACCAAGGCGGAGAUUCGACAAACCCUAGAUCAGCUGCUCAUUGGAGAGUUCAUUGAAAACAGCAAGCGCUGGACAAUGAAGCUGGAUAUUUGCGCGCCUCAGGUGAUUUUCCCCGAUGACUUCCAGUCAGAAAACCCGAUGCUCGUUGUGGUGGACUUAGGCAGGAUCCUUCUGACCAACUCUCAAGAUGACAGCGUCGUCAGCUCUACAGCUGCUCAACCUCAGCAUGAAGUCCUGAGUGACGAGGAGUACCAAACCCCUCUGGCCACCCCGCCCGAUUCUCCAGUUGCAACUGAAGUGCCUUUAAAAGAGCUGUUUAAAAACCCAGAACUUCCCAGCCUCAGUUCUCCGGAGGCUGCGAAGGCCUACAGCAAGAAGCUCUAUGAGAAGUACUGCCUUUCAUUCAACGACCUGCAGAUUAUGGUCGGGCGCUACAAGGACAGCUGGAAGCACCUUCAGGACAGCGAAGUGGGACCAACCCACGUUGUGGAGAAGUUUAACGUUUUGCUGCAGCUUGAGCAGCGGCUGCGCUACACUUCGGACCCUCAGCUGCCCGGUGCGGUGCUGUCGGGAACUCUGCCGGAUCUAAAGGUGCACAUCAACCUUGAGAAGAUGACCGCCAUCAGGAAUUGUCUGGCACGGCUCAGCAGGCCAGCCGAAGACGACAGCGGCCCGGGGAAAGAUCCGAGCGUAGCGUCCCCUGACCCUCCCACGCUGCGUCGGGACAAGAUCUUCCACAGAGUGGACGAUUCUGCCAAGAACCUGACGCAGAGCGUGAUGACCUUAGAGCAGCACACACGGGAAGUCCUGGUGGAAUCCCGCCUGCUGUUGGCUGAGUUCAAGAUCAACUACAUGCAGCUCGGUGUGGAGAGCAACGGCCGCUAUAUUUCUGUCUUUAAAGUGUUUGGCACUGACGCUCAUUUUGUCAAGCGACCUUAUGACGUAGAAGUCGCUCUGACGGUUCACGGAUUUCUCCUGGUCGACACGCUGCAGACAUACGGUUCCGACUUCGACCUGCUCGUUGCGUCUCAUAAGCAUCUGAGCUUCGACGUUCCCACCGGUAGCCUCAGGGAAAGUCAGCCGUCUUCCCCCACUUUGUGUGACGAGCAGACCUCUGAGCAUCCUGGAGUCCAUUCUGGGUCAUUCUCUGAUCCGUCCCCAUUUAGUUCCUUCCUGAAAGACCAGGAUGCCCUCAUUAAGCUCGAGUACCAGUUUGUGAGCUCAGACUGUCCCUCCAUGGACCUCAACAACUCCCUCCAGGCCACCAGCAUUCAGGUCAACAACCUGGACAUCAUUCUCAACCCUGAGACCAUGGGGGAGCUGCUCAAGUUCCUCCAAAAGGCUUUCCCCAAAGAGGAGAAUGCAUCAUUCGUCCAGGAGUAUCCAACGGAGCUGUCCAGUGAGGAAGAAGACCGGGCCUACCAGGCAACGUACGACCAGAACAAGGAGUUAACCGUGGAGAUCCACCGCCUCAACCUACUGCUCAUGCAGACCGUUUCCUCCGGCACCGCCCUGGCAGUCGAGAAGAAAGGCCUGAAGAUCGCCACCGCCAGCAUCUCUGGUACCAAGGUCAACGUUUCCCUGGGAAGCCAUCUGGACGUCAGCGGUUCCCUGGGAUCCGUGCAGCUGGUGGAUUUAACCCAAGAGGCAGGCCGAAACCAGUUUGUGGUCAGCAUUGGGAGUGCUGAGGACAUCUCCUCGAGUCCCAAAAGUUUAACGUUUCUGCCCGACGACCGAGAGUCUCAAACAGACGCUCUGAACUUUCAGUUGAAGGAGAAAUCUAAGGGAGAGUGUUCUUUGGAGCUAAAAAUGGCGUCUCUGCACUACAACCACUCGGCCAGGUUCCUGCGUCACCUCACACUGUCAGCCAACGAACUGGAGGACAGUUUCCGCUCCGUGUUGAAAAACGCCGCCACGACCGUGUCGACGGUUCUCGCCUCCAAGACGGCGGAGUACAGUGGCAGGGUUUCGCUCUUUGAGACGCCGUCACGGAGAACCCGUACUUCCAGCCAGAGCUGGGGGUGUUCGUUUGACCACGAGGAGGACAUCUCUAUGAGGGAGCCUGAAUCCGCCCUGGACACCUUCUUCGUGAAGCUGACCCUCAACAUCGGCAUCGAGUCGCCGGUCGUAUCCAUUCCUCGGAAACCCGGACACCCCGAGCUGUUGGUCGGCCAUCUGGGGAGCAUUACCAUCCAGAACUUUGUCAAUGGCAAAGACUCUCUGAGAGAGAGGCUGGAGGUGUUGGUGAAGGACAUCCGACUGUACUCUGUCAACACCAGUCACUUGGUGUUGAAGAGACCGCCCAGAGAGGAGAUAGCCCCCACGUCCUCACCAUCCCACACUGGAAACUUCAACACGGAUGAAUCCCAGUUCACACGCCACGACUUCUUUGAGUCCCUCAGCCGGGGAGAAGCCUUCCACAUACUGAAAGACACCACUAUUCACUUCACUUUUGAGAAAACUCCAGUCGAUGAGGAUUCUGAGUUCAUCCUGCUGACGACAGAUGAGCCUUUCAGAAGCACAGGCCAGCUGACAGUCCAAGGAAAAUUUGUCAACCCUGUUGAGGUUUGUCUGUGUAAACCCGUGUAUGAGCAAAUUCUCCAGACUCUGGACAAUCUCUCCCUGAUUGAGGAGCAGCCUCCGACCCCCAGCCAGCCGCCGACGCCGCCCCCGCCCACCCCGUCCUCCUCCAGGCCUCACGGCUUCCCCGACCCCCAGGGCGGCCUGUUCGCCAGAGACCCGCCCUCCUCUCUGUCCUCUCCGCUGUUCCUGCCGUCUUACCGGCCCGUCCUUCAGCCGCCGACCUUCACCCAGCUGAAGGUCACUCUCCUCGUGGCGGAGCUGCAGGUCCAACUGAGCGCAGACCUCACACAGGGCUCCCAGGGUCUGGUCAGCGUGCGCUUCCAGGACCUGGAGGGCCGCUUCACCAAGGACCACCCGCAGCUGCUGGAGGUGCAGCUGGCUCUGCGCUCGCUGCUGAUGGAGGACCUGCUGGACCCCAACCCUGACUCCAAGUACAAGUACCUGAUAAAGUCCCACGGCGUCCCCAAGCCGUCCACCUUCAGCUCCAAGGAGUACCUGUCCCGCAGCUGCCCGUCGCGGUCCAAUGCUCUGUCCCCAGACAUGCCGCGCUCGCUGCCCGCCUACAUCAAGGAGACGCAGAACGUCUUCCAGCCCUACCAGAGGCACCCCGCCACGCCGUCCGCCGGCCGCAAGUCCAAGAAGGACCCGGACUUCCCCAGCACCCCGCCUCCCUCUCCGACGCCGCGCUCCGGCUCCCCGCAGCCCAACUCCAACUUUCACGACUCGUUGGUUCACAUCAACAUGCUGCUGGUGGAGGCCGGCCACCCGGAGUUCAGGACGCGCUACGGCGGCGUCGGCCGCAGUGUGGACGUGGACUUCAACUGCCUGGACAUCCUGAUCACGCUCCAGACUUGGGUCGUCAUCCUGGACUUCUUCGGGAUCGGCUCCACGGCCAACAACCACGCAAUGAAGCCGGCUGCCGGGCAUCCGCUGUUCAAGCCGGACGGCGGCGAGGAGGAGGAGGAGGAAGAGACAGCACCGGUGGUCAACACCAAACUGGACCUCAAGGUUCAUUCUUUGACUCUCAUCCUGAACAAGAAGCUCCAUGAACUGGCCAGAGCGAGCGUGUCAAAGUUAUCCAUUCAUCUUGAUACGCACGACGGCGACCUGAGGAUACACGGCAGUUUGGGAAGUCUGUCCCUGAGUGACUUGACCCCGCACGGCGACUUCUACAGAGAGCGCUUCACCACUCAGGGAGGGGAGGCGCUGGUUUUCAACAUCCUCAGGUACGGCCAGCCGGAUCUUGACCUGCAUCGCGAGUGUGACAUCAAGGUGUUGCUGCAGAUGGCGUCUGUUCAGUACGUUCACACGCAGCGCUUCCAAGCCGAGGUGGUAGCCUUCAUCCAGCAUUUCACCCAGCUGCAGGACGUCCUGGGCAGACAGAGGGCGGCCAUGGAGGGCCAGGCGGUGCGUGAUCAGCCUCAGAGGGCAUCCAGGAUUCUGCUGGACAUCGACGCCGGCGCUCCGGUUCUGAUCAUCCCCGAAAGCUCGCAGUCGCCCCGGGUGAUCGUGGUCAACCUGGGCCAGCUGAAGGUGCAGAACGUCUUCCUCCCGGCCGGGUCACACGGAACCGUCUCCCUCCGAGACAAGGAACGCGUCAGGAGCGCAGCAGAAGGAACGAGUAAAGCUCAGGAAAAGCCGAAAGGUUUUCCUUCCGGCUCCGCUUCAUCGUCAAGAUUUGGCCUCAGCAGACCCAAAGAGGCGAACAGCAGAACCAUCCCUGAGGCCGAGGACCCGACCAGCUCGGAAGACCAUGUGUGUCUGCUGGAUUGCAUGGCCCUGGACCUGCAGGAGAUGGACAUCUUUGCUGCGGAGCGCUGGCCCUGGGAUGGCACCGGGAAGCCCGAACCCUCGGACCUGAUCUUCCCUUCCUACUUGGUCAGUCGAACCGGAGACAACCUGCUGAAAGACUGCUGCCGCCUCACGCUGAAGGUGGAGCGCAACCUGGACAAGGAGCUGAGCCACGCCGUGCCUGACACGUCCAUACACGGCAGCUUGUCGUCGGUUCACUGCUCCCUGGACAGGAAGCACUACCAGCUGAUCCGGGGCAUCCUGGAGAACAACCUGGGAGAACCGGUGGAGGAGUUCCUGCGGCCCUACAACCUGCAGCACCCCAGCAGCUACACCGUGUUGAGUGGAGUCGUCUUCACCAACCUGUCCUUCCUGGUGGACAUGACGGACGUCAGCCUGGAGCUGCUGGACAGCCCGACCUCUGCUGACAACAGGAACUCUUUAGCCAGGUUUGACUUUGUGAAAUCCAAAGUCCUGUUUGAGAGUUUUUCCGACGGCUCCAAGUCAGUGAACCUGGUGUCUCACUCUCUGCUGGCAAACGACACCAGAUUCACUGGAACCACGAAAAGCAGCGAAAAUAGCAGGUGCAACGUGUUUGACUGCGUCCUGCAGCCUUCGAAAACAGGAACCAACCAGGCGACUCUGCAGCUGGAGCUGCACUACAGAUCCACGCGGGACUCCUCCAGCUUCACGGUCGUCCUCAACAACUUGCGGGUCUUCCUGAUCUUCGACUGGCUGCAGCUGGUGUAUGACUUCCUGCAGCUGCAGCCUGAAAACGCCACGGAGAGCCAGCAACGCUGCCACAGCAGCGCCGCAGCCGCCAGCACCGCAGCCGGCAGCGCCGCCACAUCCGUCAUGCCAAAGACGGUGAAGACCGGCGUGGUGACGAAGAGGUCCACGGUGAUGGUCAGUCAGGACCGCUGCCUGGAGGUGAAGAUCAACAUCACAGGCACAGAGUUUGUGGUGGUGGAGGACGUUUCCUGCCUCGACACCAACGCCAUCAUCCUGAAGGGAACCACGGUCCUCACGUACAAGCCCCGCCUGCUGGACCGACCGUUCUCUGGCAGCCUGGCCGGAAUAGAGGUGUUCUCGUGCCGGCUGGGCAGCGAGCAGGAGACGGCGCUGUCCAUCAUCGACCCGGUCAACGUGCAGCUGGGGCUGUGCGGCAGCCCCACCUACCCCAGCACCUCGGGGCUCCUGGACGCUUUCAACGUGGAGGACAUCCCGCCGCUGCUGGAGAUUCAGUUUCCUGCUCUGGACAUCCGUCUCUCCUACAACGACAUCCAGCUCUUCCUGUCCAUCGCCAAGUCCAUCUCUGCUGCCCAGGCUCCGCCUUCUCAGGCUGACUCAGCCAAUGAAGCGCCGCCACACAAAGAUGGCGUCCAGGAGAAGACGGAAAGCCUCAUCGAAACCAAGCUGAGCCACUUACAAAACCUUGGCUUCAGAAGAGAGGACUGCAAAAAAGCCCUGAGCAGCUGCAAAGGCCACCUGGACCAGGCGGCCACCUGGCUGUGGGAGAACUCGGAGAACAUUGCGGGGCUUCCCAGAAGCCGGGCCGACUCCGGCUCCAGCAGCCACGCCUGGCCAAUGUCCGGCGUGGAGGUGAAGGCCGAGAGCGUCUGCAUCUGCUUCAUCGAUGACUGCCUGGACUGUGACAUCCCGCUGGCUGAGCUCACAUUCUCCAGACUAAAUGUGCUGCAGCGCAUUGGCUCCACCCAGGAAGGAAACGCCAGCUUCACGCUGUCCGGAGACUACUACAACAGAGAGCUGUCAGGCUGGGAGCCGUUCAUCGAGCCCUGGCCCAGCGCCCUGUCAUGGCAGAAUCAGGCUGCUGGUCGACUCCACCCUCCACGCCUGAAGAUCGACGUUCGAGCAAAGCAGAGGCUGGACGUCAACAUCACCUCUGUUCUGCUGGAUCAGUACAAAACCACCAAGACUUCCUGGAUGGCUGAUUACUGUAAGGCAGAAGAGCAGGCUCCUCCAUCUCCGACCCUCCACUGGUUGGAGUCCUCGGUCGACCCGCCUGGCUUUGGACAGAGUGCACCUCUGACUCACCUUAGAACUAGGAGCGCAGCCAGCCUGACGAGCCUCCAGCAGCAGACUCACUCCAGAGAUGUGAAGAUAUCAAAGAGGAGGCAGCCGUUUGUCCCAUACGCACUGCGAAACCACACCGGGUGCUCCAUUUGGUUCGCCACGUUGACCACAACCCCCACAAGGGUGGCGCUGUCCCACAGCAGCAGUACUGGCUCCAUCUCCGACCUCCAGAGUUCACGAACUGACGACAUUCACAACUUCAGUGAGUGGAGGGAGGUUCUGCCCGGCGAGGAGAUUCCCUUUGAGUUCAAGGCCCGGGAGAAACUACGUCACCGACAUACUCAUGAGCUGAAGCUCCACCAGCUGCUGGUCAGAGUCUGUGGCUGGGAGCAAGUUGAGCCGGUGUCGGUGGAAAAAGUGGGGGUUUUCUUCAGAUACGCUGCUCCGGACAGAAACAACCCUUCCACCACUGUCGGCAGCCCGAUCAGCAGAACCAGCAUCAUCCACCCUCAUGUUUAUUUCUCAGAGCUGCCCCCUGUCAGGGUGGUGUUCGCCAUCACCAUGGAGGGCAGCGCCCGGAAGGUCAUCACCGUGCGCUCGGCCCUGAUGGUGAAGAAUCGCCUGGAUGUCCAGAUGGAGAUCCGGCUGGAUAGCCCCUCUGUACACGACAAGCCGGUGGUGCUGCCUCCCAUCCUGUCUGGCCAGUCGUUAGCCAUCCCCCUCCACCUGACCUCCUGGCGGCUGCAGGCCCGGCCUCAAGGCAUGGGUCUGUUCUUCUGCAAGGUUCCGAUCUACUGGACCAGCGUGGAGCGACAUGGAGAGGCUAAAAGCAGCAAGAGGGACUGCCAGUCAGCUGAUGUUGAUGAGUCAAACAAACUCAACUUCAGAUUCUGUGUGGUCAUCAAGAAGGAGAACUUUCCAGAUCAGCAGCCGGCGAAGCCGCAGGUUUCCGGCGGCACCCAGUAUAUCUACCGGCAGCCGGGUCACACCAUCUACCUGCUGCCCACCGUGGUGCUGACCAACCUGCUGCCCUGUGACCUCAACUUCUAUAUCAAAGGAACCAACAUCAAAGGCUUUCUGAAGCCGAGAGAUGAGGCGGUGCUUCACUCUGCUGACACGUCCCAGAACAUAGAGCUGGGAGUCCAUGUGGAGAAUUUCCCCAACUGCAAAGAGCUGGUGAUUCUUCCUGGCACUCAGAACUACAUGGUGGACAUGAGGCUGUAUGACACCAACAAGCAGCAGCUGAAUCUCACCGUCCGCAUCGUCCAGAGAGCAAAAGGAGCGCUGAAGAUCCUGAUCUCUGCUCCCUACUGGCUCAUCAACAAGACCGGUCUGCCGUUGAUUUUCCGUCAGGACAACACCAAAACCGACGCGGCGGGGCAGUUCAGGGAGCAUGAAUUGGCCCGCAGCCUCAGCCCUUUACUGUUCUGCUACACAGACAAGGAGCAGCCCUUCAUGUGCACGAUGCGGAUUGGGAAAGGGAUCCACACAGACGGGGUUCCCGGUUGGUGCCAACGCUUCUCCCUGGAUGGAGGGAGCGGAGUCCGAGCCCUGAACGUCACCCAGCCGGGGAACAAACCGGGACUCGUCUACAACAUAGGAAUUGACGUGCGUAAAGGGAAAGGAAUCUACAGAGACACCCACAUAGUGACCUUUGCCCCCCGCUACCUGCUGGAUAACCACUCAACACACAAACUGGCCUUCGCUCAGAGAGAGUUUGCAAGAGGAAAGGGCGCCUCCAACCCUGAGGGGUACAUUUCCACACUGCCGGGCUCCAGCGUGGUUUUCCACUGGCCACGAAACGACUACGACCAGCUGCUGUGUGUUCGCCUCAUGGACGUCCCCGACUGCACGUGGUCCGGGGGCUUCGAGGUCAACAAACCAAAGUCCUUCCACGUCAACAUGAGAGACACGCUGGGGAAGUGUUUCUUCCUGCGGACCGAGAUCAGCCUUAAAGGAGUCACCUACCUGAUUUCCUUCACGGACACAGAUCAGCUGCCUCCACCUCUACGCAUCGACAACAUGUCCGAGGUUCCGAUCCAGUUCUGGCAGCAGGGUGUGGCCGACCUGCGGCUGAAGUCCGAGGUGAAGGCCGGGUCGGUGAUGGACUACGCCUGCGACGAGCCCACGCUGCCGCCGUGCAUCACCCUGAUCGUGAAGGGGGCGGGGUCGUCCGAGGUCACGGCCGACAUGAACUUCUUCAGGGAAUACAACAAGCUGUACUACGAGAACUUCAUCUACAUCGCCGCCACGCACACCUUCUCCCCGAACCUGGAGUGGAGAAAGGAUGGGAAACAGCGGCUGGGGAGCAGCGCAGAGUUGGUUCUGGACGUGGACCCAAAAACCCAACGGGUCAUCCUCAGGAAAAAGGAGCCGGGGAAGCGGUCCCAGCUGUGGAGGAUGACCGGGUCCGGCAAGCUGUGCCACGAAGGCUCCUCCCCCCCCCAGAGCAAGCCGUCCCAGCCCCAACCACUGGACACCUCCCUGGUUCUGGACAUCGCCGGGCUGGCUGCCGUCAGCGAUAACAAGUUUGAGCCGUUGAUGCUGAGGAGGCCCGACUUGCGCCGCAGCAUCACCCAGACCUGGUACUUCAGCGAAGGCAUGCUGACAUGCAGCCUUCCCCGCCUGGUGGUUCAGGUGAAAAAUGGUGUGGCGGGGCUGUAUGACGGGGCGGAGGUGGUUCUGGGGCCGGAUUCUGGUCUGGAUCAGCCCUGUCCAGAGCAGCAGUUCAUCAACCAGAAGAUGAGACCUGGAUCAGGGGUGCUGUCGGUCCAGGUUCUGCCAGAUGGACCGACCCGCGUCCUCCAGAUCAGUGACUUCAGUCAGAGGAGAAUGUUGUGGAGCUCCUCCAGCGUAGAACAAGACGCAAGCAAAGAAGAAGAGAAGGCGGCGCAGGAGCUGGAGGUGCUGGUUAACCUGGAGGAGGGUCUGGGCGUCUCUCUGGUCAACAAGCUGCCUGAGGAGCUCAUUUUCGUGACGCUCUCUGGUGUGGAUGUUCACUUCACGGUCACUGCAGUCACCAAAGUAUUGGACCUGCGCAUCCAGAACAUCCAGGUGGACAACCAGUUGCUGGGCACCACCCAGCCAGUGAUGCUGUGCGUCUCUCCCAGUACGGCAGACGACAGCGCCAACGAAGGCGGCCCCGCCCUGCAGGUCAACUCCGUCAAAAUUCCCAGCAGCCUCAUGUUCACCGAGCUCUUCAAGCACCUGAUGGUGACGGCGCGGCGCUUCACGGUCAUCAUCGACGAGAUGCUGCUGCUCAAGCUGCUCAGCUUCUUCGGCUACGGGAAGGUCGAAGCUGGGCUGGAGAACCUGGAUGAGAACCUGCAUGAGCGGCCCAGCGAGGACAGCGGGCCCCGGAAGCGUUACUACUUUGAGAACCUGAAGAUCAGCCUGCCUCAGAUCAAACUGAGCGUCCUCCCGUCUCACAAGCUGCCGCCGGACCUCAAGGCUCUUAAAGGCACCCUGGGCUUCCCGCUGAUCCGCUUCGAGGACGCGGUCAUCAACAUGUACCCGUUUACCAGAGUCCACCCCUACGAGACGCAGGAGAUCAUCAUCGACGACGUCCUCAAGCACUUCCGAGAGGAGCUGAUGAGCCAGGCGGCACAGAUCCUGGGCUCUGUGGACUUCCUGGGGAACCCGAUGGGCCUCCUGAACGACGUCUCCGAGGGAAUGACCAAGCUCAUCAAGCACGGCAACGUGCACGGCAUGCUCCUCAACGUCACGCACGGCGUCUCCAACUCCGCCGCCAAGUUUGCAGGCACGUUAUCGGACGGUCUGGGUAAGACCAUGGACAACCGGCACCAGACGGAGCGGGAGUACAUCCGGUACUGCGGCGCCACCAGCGGGGAGCACCUGGUGGCCGGGAUCCACGGCCUCGCUCACGGAAUCAUCGGGGGCAUGACGAGCAUCAUCACCUCCACCGUGGAGGGCGUGAAGACGGACGGCGGCGUCAGCGGCUUCUUCUCCGGACUCGGUAAAGGUCUGGUGGGAACCGUCACCAAACCCGUUGCCGGGGCGUUGGACUUUGCCUCGGAGACGGCCCAGACGGUGCGGGACAUCGCCAGCCUCAGCAGCCACAGACUCCUGGUCCAGUGCGUCAGGAAGCCGCGCUGCUGUAAGGGUCCUCAGGGUCUGCUGCCGCUGUUCUCAGCCACGCAGGCCGAAGGUCAGGAGCAGCUCUUCCGCCUCACCAACAACAUCCACUCUGAGUUCUUAAUGGCGGUGGAGCCGAUCGACACCUACAGCGUCCUCAUCUCCUCCAAAGCGGUUUACUUCCUGAAGCCGGGCGACAGCGUGAACCGCGAGGGCAUCGUCCUGGAGGUCAAAUACGAUGACCUCAUCCACUGCCUGGUCUCCAGGGAGUACGGGAAAGUUUACGUCCAGCUCACCAAGAAGGCGGAGAACUCCACCAGCGGAGUGUCCAUUCCCGGACCCUCGCAACAGAGACCCAUGGUCCAGGUGAAGAACGAGAGCCUCGCCUAUAAGAUCUCCAAGCAGAUCAACUUUGCCAAAAGCCUGUACUACGAGCAGCAGCUGAUGCUGCCGGCCGACGACAACGAAGACUACCUGCUGCUCGAAUUCUGACGUUUUCCUCCGAAGUUCUGAAGCGACUCGGCCGGAAAAACAUGCAACGCUCUAACAAACACUUUGAGACUCCUAGACUCUAAAAACUGACAGAACCACUAUUUGUUUUGGACGUUCACCAACACAUGUGAAUAUGUCUAGAAGAACCAUAAACUCUGUAAAUAUAUAUAUGUUGUUAUAUAUAUGUUGUUAUAAUAAAGAUAGGAUGUUAACAAGAAGCCGAGCGUCUAAACUCUAACAAGCUGCUCUUACAUGUGUGUGUGUUUGUAUAUAAGAGUCUAUUAGAGAACAUGAAACUGUAGAUCUGCGUUGGUUUUUAACCUUUUAUCGGUGAGUCGCUCUCUGCAGGAGUCGGCCUGAAUCAGACGGCAGGAAGUCCCAGAAGGAGCGACUCCGGGCAGGAAGUACCGCAGCGCUCUUAUUUAUCUGAUCCGCUGCUCAAGGUGUGUGCUUCACGUUGGGGGAGGCGGGCGGAGGGUUUCCUGCAGGGUCAGGGUUCCUCCACUCAGUUUGCUUCACAUUAUGGAUGCAAAUGUUCUGUUAUUGAUCCGACAGACAUGUAUUGGUUUAAAUUCACCCUUUAAUAUUUUUGCAAUAAAACAUUUUGUCAUUUAAA